CCAAAGCACGUGUUGUUGGUAAACAAGUUCCCAACACGCGUCCCACACUUUCUUUCUACAACGAUGGAAGAUAAUUUAAGUUUUCGUACAGUUUUGGAGUGCAAUCAUAUCGACGUAUUGCUGGAUCUACCCGAGCUUGAUCUAGAACAUGAAAGUAAUCUAGUGUUGGAUGUUUUUCCCAACGAAUGCACCUUUACGGCAGCACCGUAUCAUGCCAGAAUACCUUUACCCCAGCCAGCACAACCGGGGAAAGCGUUUCCAGAAAGCAUUGAUUAUGAGAAAAAUACGGUAACGUUUCGUGUGCCACUGGAAGUUAAAGCUAAAGCUGUUGAUAACGACACACCAUCUUACCCGUACGGUUUCUGCCAUUUCUAUAGCGGUCCCCUUGCAUUGGAAACAAGCCAAGAGCUGAAGGUGCUUCCCAAUCCGCAGGAAUGCAGCUUUUCCCAACGGUUGGAAAUGAAGCAAGCGGCCGAAAAGAGUGACUUUUCCGCCGAACACUACGGCAUGGACUAUAUUCAGUUCAGCAUCGAUCAGCUGGGCCUCGAUUUGGACAACUUGCCCACUCCCAGCAAACUUACGGCCGACCAGUCGUACCGAAUCCGGGUGAUAGUGGAUGAAAAGGUACGUGAGCAAGAAAGCUACACCUCGAUCGAAGAUCAUCGCGCAGUGCUGCUUGGAUUGAUCGAUAUACUGUUGGCGGCUGUGUACGAUCAGCUGACGAACAGCAACGAGCUUAAUGAGGCCAAUUCGCACAUCAACAUCCAUCGAAUAUCGGGCACGCUGGCGUACUUUGUAGAGUACGACGGUGUGGAGCAGAUGUUACGUUCGUUUUACCGUCGGUCCUGUACCUAUCCUUACUAUAGAAACAAGGACAUUGCGCUGACCUGUGUGAAGCAGGUGUUGUACAGAGUGUCCUCCGAAGGCAGGAAGCAGUGGAUACAGCAGCAGCUAAUACACACGUACGAAGCAUUCAAGCGAACGGACUGUGCCGUCCUGAACCAUUACUUUAUCAAGGAUUUUAUUCGCUACGUGGAGCUGGGUUUAAACGAGGAGACAUUGCUGCAAUGCGUAGAAGAGGUCGAAAAGAUGCUUCCUGAUAUCCAUCAAGCAAGUCUUGGGUUCGGCGAGGAGAGCUUGCUUCAAAAAUUGCUGCAGGAUAUAAUGGGACAGGAGGAAUCCGAUUCUACCGACUCAGAUGAUUAUGAAUCGUCCGAAGAAGAUAGUGAGGAGAGUGACAGUGAUAAUGAAUCGGUUGGAACCGAUACGGACGCUAAUCCGAAUGAAAAUGUACUGGAGAAGCUAAUGAACCUUAAGCUGUCAGGAUGAGCCCUGCGUUGUAAAAUUAAUAUUGGAGGAAAAACACAUCAAAAUUGGACUCAAAACUCAAAAAAAUAGUUCAACUCAGCUGUGCAG